GUAAUUAAACAAAAUGAUAGGAUAUUUCAAAAUCAAAUAAAGUCAAACAAAAUUAUCUAUAAAAAAUGGAUAUCAGGAUAUUAUUAUGUAUAAACAUUUUAAUUAUUAUAUUACUAGUUUUGAUCGGUAUAUCGGAAAUCAAUGGACAACGAAACCCGUCUAAUCCGCGCAACUAUGGCGGCCAGUCGUCAGGAAAAUCGCCGAUAUACGGGCCAAAAGAGAUAGAAAUAGCCAAACAAUUUUGGAAAAAACUGGGCAAAGACCAGAAAGGACAGCGCAAGUAUACGUCCAAAGAGGCGGCCAAUGCUGGCAAAUUCCGAGUGGCCAACUAUCAGAAACUGUCACCACCAUCGGGAACGUCGUUUUUCGAUGACAUUGUGGCCGGAUUUUUUCCUAUAGGUGACAAAUACGCCGGUGCUCCCGAUAAUAUUGUCUCAAUGGGAUUGUUUUGCGUUCAAACAUUAGUGAAGGGUGCAAUCGGCGUAAUCUAUACUACAGUACGAUAUCCGCAUAAAAUACUGUUAAAAGUGAUGAUAGCCAUCGCCGCCCUGACUAUUGUGCCGGCAAAUGCCUUAUAUUGUCUGAAUCCAUUCAGUAUAGCAAACUUUAUUAAAAAAGGUAGUUUAAUUAAUACCAAACAGGAUGAUUUGGUACGACUGCACGAAAAAUUUCAGGUUAGACUGGCCAACACCAUGGAUAAGUACAAAACAAUCGGAGAGAUUCGCAAACAGAGUUGUUGCGCCUACUGGCAAUGGCAACGGGAGUCUAUAAAAGCAGUUCCCAAAGAGGCACAGGAUUUCCUAAGUCAAUGGUAUUUGGCUUACUUUAAGUUACAUGAGAUAGUUUAUUGUAUGAAAUUUACAGUAGCCCAACAAAAUGAUUUUUGCGAUACUGUUGAAUAUGAUGAUUCCGAGCCCACUCGCAUGUUGCCCCGGUCAUGGGCCACACUUGUAUUACAAAUGUUUACUGAAUUUCUAUAGAUAAUUGUGUUUUUGUUUGUUUUUAUUGUUGUUUGUAUUAUAUGUUAAAAUGAUUAUGGUCAUUUUUAUUGUAAGGUAAAUAAUAGUUGGAAAAAAUUUUUGUUCAUAUAAAUUAUACACAUAUUUUUAAAAAUAUUAUGUAUAAACUGUAAUCAAUAGUACUAAUGUUUUUAAUCUAUCGUUAACUAUCUAUUAA